AUGUUAGAGAAUCAAAAAGAAGAAGAAGAAGAUGAAGAUUAAUAUGAUAUUUUUAAUUAAGAACAAGAAAAAUCAAAUAAUUAAUAAUAAGUAUAAUCUUGUGUUUAUAAUAAUGUAUAAAAUAAUAAUUAAGAAUUUCUUGUUGUUAAUGAUGAAGAUGAUGAAGUUGUAGUUGCAGAUAACUUUUAUUGA